CGCAACGGAAUGGCGGCCGUUUGGCGCAACAAAAUGGGGGCCGCUCGGGCGGGGCGCGCACUUCUUCCGAAAGCCCUCGGGGCGUUUUCUCUGAAAGCGAAGGCCCCGCGCCGGUUUGCUGCAGGUUUCUGCGCAAUAGAGAGCGGCCGCCGAAGUCCUUCCCGACUCUCCCGAAGGGAGAGAAUCGGCGACGCCAUUGGCCGGAUCAGGGCGGAGCGCGGUACGCGACGGGGCGCAGAAGAGCGGGGCGCGGGGGGUCGCAGUGAAUAAUGUGCCGCGGCGGGCUUGGGUUAUGUAUCAAGCUGCUGCAGCGUCGCGCGGAUCUGGUUGGCGCUGCCCACCCAGCCAGCUCAGCAGCAGGCGGGGGCCCUCGCUUUGCCUUUGG